GAGCUAACGCUCGGUGACUUCGGCUCGUAUUACCCAUGACAAGCCCCUCGCCACUGGCGGGGCUUGAAUGGAGCGCGUCGACUCGCCGGGGCUCCGAGUCGCUUCUUGUCACUUGGCCCCCUCGGGCCGAGGGACCUCUUCGUGGUCCGUCGACAGAGACAGCGCGGAUCAGUGCUGAUCGCUUAGGAACACUGACACAACGACCAAGAGGGUCCGCAAUGUUCCCUGAUGCCCUGGAAGCAGCCGGGCGGGUGGAGGGCCUGCCACUCUCCUCCCCGCAGCCGCUACCAGAGCUGGAGGAAGAGGAGACAGAGGCAUCGGUGGAGAGAGGGCCAAAGAGACAAGGACGCUACCGGCAAAGCCUGCAGCUUUUAAAGCCCUUCAGGAUAACUCACAAACACCAGCACCCAGUCGAUAAUGCUGGCCUCUUCUCAUUUAUGACUCUGCACUGGCUCUCCCCACUGGCACUGAAGGCCUACAAGGCGUCCAGCUUGUCUAUAGAUGAUGUGUGGGGACUGUCUUGCCACGAAGCCUCUGAAAUCAACUGCCAAAGGCUCGAGUUUUUGUGGCACGACGAGCUGAAAAGUCGGGGGCGCGAGGGGGCAUCCCUGACAAGAGUCUUCUGGAGGUUCUGCCAAACUCGCAUGCUGGUGGCCGUCUUUUCCCUCCUCAUCACAAUGGUGGCAGGCUUUGUUGGGCCCGCUCUCCUGGUUCGAGCUCUGCUGGAGUAUUCCCAGAGCGCAGAGACCUGGUUGCCGUACGGCCUGUCUUUGGUGGCUGGGAUCUUCCUCAUGGAACUGAUUCGCUCCUGGUCUCUGGCACUCAUGUGGGCCGUCAACUACCGCACUGCCGCGCGCCUCCGUGGCGCAGCUCUUACUUUUGCCUUCCAUAAAAUCCUUCGCCUGCGCAGCACUAAAGACGUCGGUCCAGGCGAGCUGAUCAACAUCUGCUCCAGUGACGGCCAACGCCUCUAUGAAGCUGUGUCGGUGGGCUGCCUGCUGGCUGGGGGGCCCUUAGUGGGAAUACUGGGUCUGUCCUACACCGCAUACUUCUUGGGCCCCACUGCUCUGGUGGGAUCAGCCAUCUUCAUCAUUUUCUAUCCUUUAAUGAUGCUCGCGUCGAAGCUGACGGCGUAUUUCCGCAAGAAGUGUGUGGUGGUGACUGACAGGCGCGUGAGGUUGAUGAACGAGAUCUUGGGCUGCAUAAAGUUCAUCAAGAUGUAUUGUUGGGAAGAUGCCUUCGCACAGAAUAUUCACAAGGUGCGAUCUGAAGAGAGGGGGAUACUGGAGAGAGCUGGGGUCAUCCAGAGCCUCACAGUGGGCGUCGCUCCCAUCGUUGUGGUGAUAGCUAGUGUGUGCACUUUCACCCUACACAUGACUUUGGGCUAUGACCUUUCUGCAGCUGAGGCUUUCACCGUGGUCGCAGUUUACAAUUCCAUGACCUUUGCCCUGAAAGUCACACCGUUGGCAGUGAGGUCACUGUCGGAAGGUGCUGUGGCAGUCAAAAGAUUUCAGAGACUCUUCAUGAUGGAUGACAGAGAGGUCAUUUUGGCCAAAAUGGAGGAUCCUAGAGAUGCAGUAGAAUUCCAAGAUGCCACACUGGCUUGGGAAAAGGCGCGUCCCCCAGCUGCCAAACCUCCUCCAAAGAAGCGAGGGGGGAUGAAGAGCGUGCUACGCAAGGAGAAGCUCAGCCUGUACAUUUCCACAGAGGACGGCAAAGGAAACAAGGAGGCUCCCAAUGUACAAAGUCUUCUCACAAAUAUGGAGCAGGAGAGUCCACAAAGCACCAUCUCCUCGACUCAAAGCAUGCGACCUCCGCUGCAAAAGACCCUGCACCGCAUUAACCUGUCCAUUAAGAGGGGUUCACUGGUUGGGAUUUGUGGAGGUGUCGGGAGCGGAAAGAGCUCCCUUCUGUCCGCUCUACUGGGACAGAUGACCCUGUUAGAGGGUAAUGUAGCUGCCAGCGGUGGCUUCGCUUACGUGUCCCAACAAGCCUGGAUCCUCAAUGACUCACUCAAGGAGAACAUCCUGUUUGGAAAUGUGUAUGAACAAGAAAAAUAUCAUACUGUCCUGGAAGCUUGCUGUCUCCUCCCAGAUCUUGCAGAGCUCCCGUAUGGAGACAUGACAGAGAUUGGAGAGAGAGGUGCCAACCUGAGUGGAGGGCAGCGUCAGAGAGUGAGCCUGGCUCGUGCCCUCUACAGUGAGCACCCCAUACUUCUUCUGGACGACCCUCUGAGCGCUGUUGAUGCUUGCGUGGGCUCCCACGUCUUUUAUAAAGCCAUCAAGGGUGUUACCAAAGGCAAGACCGUGCUCUUUGUAACCCACCAGCUGCAGUAUCUGUCUGAUUGUGAUGACGUUAUACUGAUGAAGGAUGGGCAGAUUGCAGAGCACGGCACCCACACACAGCUCAUGGCUAAAGAGCGUGACUAUGCCACCCUAUUCAGCAGCAUGCAACAGGAGGUUCUGGUGAAAGAGAAUUUAAAAAACAAACAACAGAGAACGGUUCCAGACAAGGCUGACAGUGGUGUUGACAUUGCCAAGGUUGGACCAAAGGUGGAAAGCAAGGGAGGAGAGCAACUGAUGAAAGCAGAAGAGAAGGGCUCUGGUGCAGUCGCCUGGUCUGUGUAUGGGGCCUACAUCAAAGCAGCAGGAGGUCCAGUAGUCUUCAUCAUCAACGUCUUCUUCUUCCUCUCCACCACAGGCAGCAUAGCCUUCUGUAACUGGUGGCUGAGCUACUGGAUCAGGCAGGGCAGUGGGAACACAUCAUUAUUCUCGGUGAAUGAAACGAUGGCAGGCAACAGCAUGAGACUCAACCCUCACAUUCAGUACUAUUCAACUGUUUACGUUGUCUCCAUGGGAGCUGCUUUAUUGCUGAAGACAAUGAGAGGGCUGGUGUUUGUGAAGUGCACGGUGAAGGCUGCCUCUACGCUCCACGACAAGCUGUUCCGCCAGCUCCUCCUCAGCCCCAUGCACUUUUUUGACACAACGCCUCUGGGUCGUAUCCUGACCCGCUUCUCCAGGGACAUGGAUGAGGUGGAUGUUCGUCUGACCAUGCAAGCUGAAAUGCUGCUGCAGAACCUGACCCUGGUGUUGUUCUGCUUGGGAAUGGUGGGCAUCGUCUUCCCAUGGUUCCUGAUCUCCAUCCUGCCGCUGGGAGUUUUCCUCUGCGUUGUGAACCGUGUCUCCAGGGUCCUGAUUCGUGAGCUGAAGCGCCUAGAGAACAUCAGCCAAUCACCGUUCACCUCUCACAUCACCAGCAGUCUCCAGGGACUCUCCACCAUCCACGCAUAUGGAAGAGGGCACGACUUCCUCCAAAGAUAUCAGGAAUUGUUGGACACAAACCAGGCCUCCAACUACCUCUUCAGUUGCGCAAUGCGUUGGCUGGCUGUCCGCCUGGACCUCAUCAGCAUCUCUCUUAUCACCGCUGUUGCUCUUUUCAUUGUCUUCAUGCACAAUCAGAUACCUCCGGCCUACGCAGGCCUGGCCCUGUCGUACGCAGUGCAGCUGACCGGCUUGUUUCAGUUCACGGUGAGGCUGCUCACAGAGACUGAAGCUCGGUUUACUUCAGUGGAGAGGAUCAAUCAUUAUGUAAAGUGUCUUGAGAGUGAAGCACCCCGACAGAGUCCUGAGUCAGAUGGUCCUGCCCCCUCCUGGCCUCAGCAGGGAAAGAUCACCUUUCAGAAUGUGGAGAUGCGUUAUCGCAACAAUCUGCCGCUGGUGCUUAAGAACCUGUCCUUCACCAUCCUGCCUGAAGAGACCAUCGGCAUUGUGGGCCGUACAGGAUCAGGAAAGUCCUCUCUUGGUGUGGCUCUGUUCAGACUUGCGGAGCUGGCGGGAGGCUCCAUUAUCAUUGACGGGGUCCAAAUUGCGCAGAUUGGUCUGGAUGACCUGCGGAGCAAGCUAUCCAUCAUUCCUCAAGAGCCUGUGCUCUUCAUCGGCACCAUCAGGACCAAUUUAGACCCAUGGGAUCAAUUCUCUGAUUCUCAAAUAUGGGAGGCUCUUGAGAAGACACACAUUAAAGAAAUGGUCAGUCAGCUGCCUCACUCCCUCUACUCCGAGGUGACGGAGAAUGGAGAGAACUUUUCAGUGGGCGAACGACAGCUGCUCUGUGUGGCCAGGGCGCUUCUGAGGAACAGCAAGAUCCUUAUCCUGGACGAGGCGACCGCAGCCAUAGACACUGAGACAGAUCGUCUCAUCCAAGAGACCAUUCGCCGUGAGUUUGGCAGCUGCACCACCCUCAUCAUUGCCCAUCGUCUCAACACCGUGAUGAGCUGCAGCAGGGUUAUGGUCCUGGAGAACGGCCAGAUUUUGGAGUUUGACAGUCCCUCUGCCUUGUUGGCAGAUGAAAACUCAAGAUUCAGAGCCAUGAUAGAAGCAUCAGAAAACCAAAGCAGAUAAACGGUGAAAGAGUUGGAUGUGGUCUGUAGCAACAUAAAAGAUUCCGCGGAAUACCUGAAUUGCACACAAAAAAACACAAUUGUCCUAAUCCUGCCAUGGUGGGAAAGUGAUGUGUUAAGUAAUACAGAGGCAUUUGCCAUAGCUGCUUUGAGUAACGUUGUCUGUUCCUUUCCACACCAAAGACCCAUGGUCCACAUGACUGGAGGAUUCAACAAGUGUAACUAUGCAAAGAAGAACAUAAAAGCUUCCUUUUCUUUGCAGCCGUAUCACAAGAGUUAUUUCUUGGAGGCCAAAUAAUUGACUGAAAGUGAAACGAGCAGAGACUCUGAUAAUAGCACUUUAUUUUUCUUGAGGACACGUUGAAUAACAUGUGGUGCUUCCUUUUUCUUUGUAAGUUGACUAAUCAGUGCAUGGACUCACUGUUAAGGAGAGAAUGGUAUGGACCAGAUUGACAUUUAAUAUACUUCAUAGCAUUUUUGCUAUUGCAAGAAUUUAUGUUUUCUUGUUUAUUCUAUUCAAUAUAUUAAAAAAAAUACAUUUUAACCUUUCCAUUGAGGCACUUUCGUAUCAUGUUUCAUGAAUUUAGUUCAAUGUUAUUAGUAAGUUAUUACAGAUGCAAUUGGUGCCUAUAGUUAAGCUCUUUUAGACAAGUACUGUGUUUUAAAAUAUUUCCUCUAAAUCCGAAUGCUGGGCUUAAAAAUCUGCACAUUUUACACUGCUGGUAAUGGUGUUUUCUUUUAAACAGCAGGGUAACUCUGAUGUUGAAUGAGGUAUUUUAUAGUUUUUAUUUAGGUUUAAAACCAUGGUACAGUAUAGUAGUAACUUGCAACAACGCUGAAACGGAUCAACAUCAGGAUGUGUCUUUAAAUGUUUGUUUUUUCACAAAGCUUAGGAUUGUAAACUUCUGCCUUAUGAUCAAGCAUGUGCUGAACAAUCAGGAAGAGUGCAAUAUCUAUUUCUAUUGCAUUGAUAUAGUUUCAAGGAUGCCUUUGUAUACUUGGUGUUGUUAUAUUGCAAUCAUUUUUUAUAUAUGUUUGAUUUUUGUUUUCAAUAAAGAUAUUUUUUGUAUA